GACACGGAGAAGGACGCCCUACUGGCGGUGGGCCUGAGCAAGUCCUUUAAAGUCUUCGUUGCCGUGGAUCGCUUGAACAUCGGGGUCCAUCGCGGCGAGUGCUUCGGGUUGCUGGGUGUGAACGGGGCGGGGAAGACGACGACGUUUAAAAUGCUGACCGGAGCGGAGGUCAUUACCUCGGGCGGGUCUUGCAUCUUCGGAUAUAACCUUGGCGUGAAUCGCAGAAAGUACCUGUCUCAAGUGGGCUAUUGCCCUCAAGUCGAUCCUCUGGUGAAUGUGAUGACCGCAAAGGAGACCCUGCUGAUGUAUGCCCGACUUCGAGGUAUUCCGGAAUCCGUCGCUGAACAACACGUCGACUCCCUCAUUGACCAACUUGGACUAACGGAGUACAAGGACAAGCACUGCGAGACAUACAGCGGAGGAAACAAGCGGAAACUGAGUACAGCCAUCGCCAUGGGGGGGGGGGGGGAGCCGCCUCUGCUGCUCCUGCACGAGCCAACCUUAGGCGUGGAUCCCGUCUCCAGGCGCAAGAUCUGGAAUGCCCUUCUUGACUGCACCAACAAUGGACAGAGCAUCUUGCUCACCUCCCAUAGCAUGGAGGAAUGCGAGUACUUAUGUCACCGAGUCGGGAUCAUGGUGAACGGGCGGUUCCGCUGCCUGGGUAGCCCACAGUACCUCAAGGACAAGUACUGUCAGGGGUAUACCAUCAAGGUGAAGACGAGGAUGUCUGCGUCGGCAGAGAAGCUGGAAGAGCUCAAAGCUUUCCUCGUUCAAACCUUUGGAGGAUCCUUCCUUCGUGACGAAUAUAUAGGAAGGCUGAACUUCCUAGUGGAACGCCGGGAUGUGAACUGGGCCCAGCUCUUCUCGACUGUGAGGGAGAUAAAGACGAGAUUCGAAGACGUGGUCGAGGAUUCUCUCGUCGGGGAAACGAGUCUGGAGGAUGUUUUCCUUUCCUUCACCAAUGAGCAGGUUCAGCAGAGGCCGAAGGUCAAAUGCCGUCUCUGCCUUUGCUGCGGCAAUUCCCAGUGA